AUGGAGUUUGCCCUCAGCAAGUUUGUUGAUGAUACAACAUUGGGAGGAGUAGCUCACACACCAGAAGGCUGUACUGCCUUUCAGCAAGACCUGGACAGGCUGAAGAGUUGGGUGGAGAAGAACCUAAUGAAGAUCAACAAGGGAAAUAAUCCUGGCUAUUGUGAUGAUCCAGGAGUGCCAGCUCAUGGAUCUAGACUAGGGGACGAGUUCAAAAUAAAAAGUCUGCUGCGUUUCUCAUGUGAAAUGGGUUAUCAGCUGAGAGGACCUGCAGAACGAACAUGCCUGCUUAAUGGCUCCUGGUCAGGUAUACAGCCUGUGUGUGAAGCUGUAUCUUGUGGAAACCCUGGCACCCCAGCCAAUGGUAUGAUAAUAUACACUGAUGGAAUAUUAUUCUCCAGCUCAGUCAUUUAUGCCUGCUGGGAAGGUUACAAAACUUCAGGCCUAACUACUAGACAUUGUACUGCUAAUGGGACAUGGACUGGCACUGCUCCAGACUGCACAGUGAUCAGCUGUGGAGAUCCAGGUGCAUUAGCAAAUGGCAUUCAGUUUGGAAACGAUUUUACCUUCAAUAAGACAGUCAGGUAUCAAUGCAAUCCAGGAUACUUGAUGGAGCCUGCCAGUGCAUCUACCAUGCGUUGCAUAAAAGACAGCACUUGGAACCAGAGUAAACCAAUUUGCAAAGCUAUCACUUGCGGCCCCCCGCCACCAGUGCUCUAUGGGAAAGUGGAAGGCUCUGACUACCGCUGGGGUGCCAGUGUGAGUUACAGCUGUGCAGAAGGCUACCAGCUGUCCAACACGGCCAUUCUCUCCUGUGAGGGUCGAGGAGUUUGGCGAGGAGACAUCCCACAGUGUUUGCCUGUGUUUUGUGGCGAUCCUGGUACUCCAGCAGAAGGACAUCUCAAUGGAAAAAGUUUCACAUACAGAUCUGAAGUUAGCUUUCAGUGCAGACCUCCAUUUAUUCUGAUAGGCUCUUCAAGAAGAUUCUGUCAAGCAGAUGGUACUUGGAGUGGCAUUCAGCCAACAUGCAUAGAUCCAGCUCACAAUACAUGUACAGACCCUGGUACUCCACAGUUUGGAAUACAGAACAGUUCCAGAGGUUAUGAGGUUGGGAGCACAGUGUUUUUCAGGUGCAGAAAAGGUUAUCAUAUUCAAGGAUCUACCACCCGUUCUUGUCUGGCUAAUUUAACUUGGAGUGGCAUACAGUCUGAAUGCAUUCCUCAUGCUUGCAGGCAGCCAGAGACACCGGCGCAUGUAGAUGUGAAAGCAAUAGAUCUUCCUACUUUAGGGUAUACUUUGGUGUAUACCUGUCAGCCAGGAUUUUUUCUUGCUGGUGGAUCAGAGCAUCGGACAUGUAAACCAGAUAUGAAAUGGACAGGAAAAUCACCUAUUUGUAAAAUUCCUUCAGAUGUGUUUUUUAUAAAUUCACUGUGGAAAGGGUUUUAUGAAUAUUUAGGAAAAAGACAACCUGCUACUCUGACUGUUGAUUGGUUCAAUACUACAAGCAGCAAAGUGAAUGCCACAUUCAUUGAGGCAUCGAACAUACAACUCAAACUAUCAGGUGUUUACAAGAAAGAAGAAGCCCACUUGCUUUUGAAAGUUUUUCAAAUUAAAGGACCUAGUGACAUUUUUGUAAGCAAGUUUGAAAAUGACAAAUGGGCACUAGAUGGUUAUGUAUCCUCAGGACUUGAAAGAGGUGUUUUUACCUAUCAAGGUGAUAUACAUGGAAAAGACUUUGGAAAAUUUAUGCUCCAAAGACAAGGUCCUUUAAGCACAGACACAGACCUUUCAAAUCACUACUACGGUACAAACAGCAGUUCUGUUGCAGCUGCCAUCCUGGUACCAUUCUUUGCUCUAAUAUUAUCAGGGUUUGCAUUUUACCUCUACAAACACAGAACAAGACCAAAAGUACAGUAUAAUGGCUAUGCUGGACACGAAAACAGUAAUGGACAGGCUUCAUUUGAAAAUCCCAUGUAUGACACAAACUUAAAACCUACAGAGGCAAAGGCUGUGAG